UUUUUCUUUACUUUUUCUUUUAGCAUUUGCUUUUCUUUCUGGAUCUGGAAUUCGCAUCGGGGGAUUCAAGCAUGUCUUCAACGUCGCCGUCUUAUUGGUGUUACAGUUGCACCCGUCUGGUUCGUGUGUUGGCUUUAGACCGGACAGACGCCGCCGUUGUAUGCCCGUACUGUGACGGUGGUUUCAUUGAGGAGAUCGACUCAUCGGAUAAUCAGCACCGUGGAUUUCAAGCCAUGUAUAUGAUCACCAGCAACGAUAACAGCCGUCAAAAUUCGAAUCGGACUCGAAAUCUUGUUUUUCGUAGGAAUCGUCGAGGUUCCGUUGACCGGUCUAACAUCAAUCCGAUCAUUGUUCUACGUGGUUCAAGCGAUGAAGAGAACAGCACCGCGGAUGGAAAUAACGGCAGCGGCUUCGGAUUCUUCUAUGACGAUGGAUCUGGGUCCGGUUUAAGACCAAUACCGUCUUCGAUGUCCGAAUCUUUAAUGGGUAUGGGUUUUGAUCGUUUAUUGGAACAACUCUCCCAGAUCGAAAUAACCGGACCGGGUCAUCCUGAGAACCCACCUGCUUCGAAAUCGGCAAUCGAAUCAAUGCCGACGGUUCAAAUAGAAAAGACCCAUGUUUGUUCAGAAACUCAGUGUGCCGUUUGUAAAGAAGCUUUUGAGCUCGGUACGGAAGCUAGGGAGAUGCCGUGUAAACAUAUUUACCACGAGGAUUGUAUCAUACCAUGGCUCUCGCUUCGAAACUCAUGCCCACUUUGCCGCCACGAAUUGCCUUCGGAUAGGAGCGAGUCAACUGACGACGUUUCGGAGACGGUGGGACUCAGUAUAUGGAGGUUACCUGGUGGGGUUUUCGCGGUGGGAAGGUUUAGGGGAGAAAGAGAAGUGCCCGUUGUGUACACAGAGAUGGACGGAGGGUUUGAUGAAUCGGGUUCGGGUUCGGGUUCGGAGCAUGGGUCACGGAGGAGGGUUACGUGGGUCGGGGUUAGAAGACGAGAGAAUGGGUUUAGGAGAGUUGUCAGAAACGUGACGUCGUUUUUGAGGGGUUUGAGGUCUCAUCGGGGAGCCGGUGGUUUGACCAGGAAUGGUUCAACAUCUAUGUUCCGUAGGGUUACAAGAAGCAUAAGCUCAACCUCCAAUUCUGUUUUGGAAUAAAAUUGUUUUAUUAAACAACAAAA